UCAUGCGCUUCUUUUGUACAGCUGGCAGAGGAACAGAGAUUUUUGCAUAUCAAGAAGUGCGCAAAGAGUUUGAUAUUUGGAAUGAUUUGGUUCCCGUUUCUGAAGGCAGAGUAUAUUUUCAAGGCGAUGUGAACCAGAUUGAGAACAUUCUACAGUUGAAGACUGUGGAGAGAGCAUUUGCACUGGUUUUGCAUGUAGACUCAAAGAAAUACAAAGAUCUAGACAGGGCUACAUUUUUAAAUAACCUGAGGACAGAUAUUCUAAAUGAAGAUUCCUGGAAGACCGAAGACCUCAUAACUGUGAUAGAACACCUCAAAUCCAGACAUGUUGGCAAAUUACAAAGGGAGGUAAUUCCUGUAGGUGGGGAAGGUCCUCCCUCCAAGAAAAUCAAACAGGAGAGGAAUCCCAGCUUCAGAGUGUCGUGUAAAUGUUCUGGUGUGUUGGGAAGAAAAGUCAGUGCUCAGUUACUGGCAAAACAGAUUGGAAUAAAACUUAGUCAGCUGAUGAGAUGGAAUGUAAAUUUCAAAGAUCCAGACAUUGAAGUCUGCAUACAAGUAAAUGAUAUUCAUGUUAGUGUUGGCAUUCCAUUGACCAGAGUCCCAUUGUCCAAGAGAGAAUAUGUGAAAUGUCAUGGAUUAAGGGGACCAGUCACAUGGAUCAUGUCAAAUUUCCUGGGGAUUAAGAACCAUGGUGUAAUUUUGGAUCCCAUGUGUGGAAAAGCUACCAUUCUUCUUGAGGCAGCAAAACACAUUGAGGGAGUGUUUUGUAUCGGUUGUGAUAUCAGCAAAGAUCAAUUGAAGUUGGCUCAGGAAAACAUUAACUUUGGGAAAGUACAGGACAGACUUCAGUUAAUCAAGGGGGAUUGUAGAGCAUUGCCUUUAACUGCUGAGAGUGUUGAUGGUAUAGUGUGCGACACCCCAUUUGGAAAGAAGUACAAUGUCAAGGAGUCAUCAAUUGCUUUUCAUGCUUCUUUACUCCAGGAAAUGCACAGAGUUCUUAAGAAGAAUGGAAUGAUUGUCCUUUUGGUCAGUGAAGAAAUGCACCACAUCAUAAAAAAUGCAGGAUAUUGGUAUCAACCUUGUGUACAGCCUGGCCAAAAUAAGGGUGAAGAUGAUAGGCACCCACAAACCAAAGAUACUGAGGACUACUGUUUUGUUGUGGGUGACCAAUCAAAAACAUCCUUGCAUGCAGAUACAGUGAAUUUAAAUAUUGCUGAUUCCUCAGACCAAGUUGUGGAUGAUCCUAAGAAAAGCUUUGAUCAAAAUUUAAAACAUUUACAACAUUACAAAAGUAGCUCCUUGUUACCUCAUGAUUUAGAUUCUCAAGCUGUAGAGAAAAUUGGACAAUGUGAUAGUUUAGUUUUAAAGGAUAGUGGAAUGACAGAUAAAGGUGACGAGUUAGCCUCCUCUGUGAACAGAAAUGGUGAGGUUGUUAAAUGUGAUGUAAUGGAGGGAGACAUGACAGGAAGAUUGUCGUCUGUUCUACAGAAAUUCCACCAUGUCUGUGAUCACUACAUUAAACUAGGAGAAACAGAUUCAUUUAUUUUUGUACUGAGAAAAAAAGUACUAAGAAUAUAAUUUUGCUGCUGAAUAGAUCUGAA